CAAAUGUCAUGUUACUUCAUGACAGUUCUUUUUUUUCGGAAAGUUCAAGAGAUUUUGAGAAACGUAAACGUCACUCAAUUUGUUUUGGUUAGUUUGAUUUUGACGUCUUGGGUGAAAAUUGUUCCUGCUGUUUGUGUAACAAUUGUACAUUUGUGCGAAAUCUUUGCGGUUAUAAAACUAAAACCCUGGCCGGAUUGAAGAGAAACGAUUUCGACAGGAUGGAAGUGGAUCAGUUUGCUGUCGAUUUAUAUACCGGUGAGGGGUCGCGGCUGCCUCUCAUCGACGAAUCGUCGGCUUUCGGGACACAGGCACCGAAGGACAGAUUGAUUGCAAUACUGGACCAAGUGGAAAUGCGAGUGGAGCGAUUGCGGCGUGAUACAGUUCGCAUUGAAGAAGAACGUGACUCUUUGCUGUCCACCCUUGAUAGUAUCAAACACUCGGAACUGCUUGGUGAUGUGUCUGAAUGCGACAGGGAUGAUAUAACGCGGUAUGCUGAGCGGAUUCUGGCGCGCGCCAUGACGGUGGAGGUGGCCGUUCGUACAGAUAGGGAUGCACAACAGGAGGAGGCUUUGCAUCAGGUGAACAUGUACAUAGACCAGCUGGUGAUGACGGUGCACGACGACGCGGUCAUCGCUCACACUCGCUGCCAGACCUUCAUGAACGCCUGUACAUCUCAACCAGACCCAUCGUCGGGCACAGAUAAGAACUUCGAGAGCGCCAUCUUGGGCUGCACUUUAGAUGAUCAGAAGCGAGUAAAAAAACGUCUCCAAGGCCUCCUGGAUUACUUCGCCAAGUUGAAUGUAACCACCUGUUCGUGAGUAACCGCUAUGCUUGACAGCAAACUUGUCAUUCACUGAGUCUGUACCAGCUUCGCGUUUAUUUGGACUGCCUGAGAGCGCGGUGCCUAUCGUGCAAAUGUAACUGCAAGACUGUCACUGUCGAAUUGUAUGUAUCAUCGUUUGUUUGUGAUUCUGAUUAGAGUUCUUCCUUUCAUAUAGGGAAAAUUGUUCUAAAUUACCUUUUAUAUAACCGUCAUAAAAAUACGCUAGUGUUAAUAAUGUCUUAGUAAAGUAGCAAUUAAAUGCUUGUAAUGAAUCCUUUGUAUCAACUUAAGAUUUUCCGCUUGACUUAAAAACAGAUCAACCAUAACCUACAAUACAAGAAAGUAAAGAAGUCCCAUCAUUAAUAUUACAAUGUUCAUAAAUGAAAUGAGAAACGUAUAGUCUGGAACUAAUUAUGAAAAUAAUAUGAAACAUGUUUUUGAUUUUUUUUCUAAUUUGGGCAUUUUCAAGGUAGUUUGUAAUCGAAUUUGAACUCAACAGUAUUUAUUAGUAAUAUCUUUUUUCUUGUAAUUGGUCUCGCCUUUGUUAGUUUUUUUUCUUUUUCUUGCUACGUGACAGAGAAGGAUUUGUUAUACAAACACUAUUUAUUUGCAAAUUAAUGAUUUACAUUGUAAUGGUAAAAAUGAUUAAGUAAUUAAUAAAUUCAUGUUUCUUAUUUUUUUUAUGAAUGUAUGUCAAUGUAUGUGUGUUUCUAAAUCGCUAUAAAUGUAUUUCUGUCUCAUAUAUCUCCAUAAUAAACGAUAAAGACAGAUAUAAUCUUAAGUAAUACAUUUACGAUUUAUGUAAAAUUCUCUCAUUGAAAGGCACCUCCGUUCUUUAGGCCUCCUAGGUUUUGAUUUAAAGCUUUUUUAAAUGUGAUAUGUAUAUUAUAAUUGCAGUCAACUAAUACAUAGUACACUGUUACUCCAAUAUCAGCCUUAUUGCAUUACAGUAAGGUCGAUAUUGCAUUGUGCUAUGGAUUUGGUUGUGUUUUUUUUUAGUUCCACUGCCUUUUACAAUAGGAUUUCUAACUUAAAUGGACCAUUACUAUUAGUACAUUUACUGUUUACGCUUAGUAGUUCCAUAUAUUUCUGUUUUACUUUAGGCCAAGUUUUGGAGCGUCUAACGCGCUAUAUCGCUGUCAUUAUAAUUUGUACCCUUUGUUUAGGUCAUAAGUUUUAUAUUGCAUUGAAUGCGCGCUUCACAUACUAGUGUGAAGUGUUUCUUUGAGUUGUUCUGUCAAAUUGGUCAAUUCUUUUGUAUGACAGUUGUCAAUAAUCUGCCUCUAUCUCUUUGAUAUUCCAUUUUUAGUGUCCAUUAUUGUUAUGACUAGUCAGUCAAGGAAUAGUCACUUCUUGUAUGCCACAUACAUACAUAUAUUCCUCUCUUUCUACUUUAAGGCAAGAGUGAUACUCUGCUCUAGACCGAUCUUUAUUGUUAGAAAGAGAUGGCAAUAGUAUAGUUUGAUUGCAAGAGAAUUGUCAAUUUAUUGUAAUAAAUUAGUUGUAUGGUAUCGUACCAUAAUACUUAAACAAAUAUCAGAAUAAUAAUGAUUAUCGAAUUUUCAGUGUUUCAGUGUAUGUAAAGUUAUUUUAAAAGCCUUUUCCAUAUUAGCACAUGUUUCAAAACACUUCUAACCAUCUAAACAUUCCUGUUUUUGUAAAGGAAACUAUUACUUAAGAUUGAUUUUUACCAUCCCUUCCCUACGUUUCGUGCAAUCGAUUUUGAACUCUUAACCCUUCAGUAUAAAACUCAAAGUCCUCUGGAUAAUAUGUAUUUGGUUCUGCUUUUAAUAUCAUCUUUAUACUAAAGGAAUAGAAAUCAAAUUUGAUUGCGUUAAUGUUGUAAACAGAUUGUUUGAUAUGUGUUCUUAAAUGGAUAAGGGUUUAAGUUCUUUGCACCGUGUAAUAAGAGGCUCAAUUUCAAUGGUUUAUGAAAAAAAAAUUAUAGUCAUUAUCAAGAUCGCUGUAGCCAUUUUUUCAAGUGGCCAGUGUUUUUGACACUGAGUAUACAGUUUUUUUCUUACAGUUCGCAAAUAAGUUUUUUUAAGCCUUAAGAAGGUUCUGGUGAGUUCGUUUUUUAAGAUUUAUAUAUAAAAAGAUAAUUUAAAAAAUUUAUGUUGAUUGAUUUUAGUUUUUAUUAAAAUUUAUAGUACCUAAUACUAUUUAUCACAUUAUCUAUAAUAAAUUCAUGUGAAUAGUAAAUUAUCGUUAUUAGUUAGCUUCUAUAUAUCGAAUCUACUACUCUAGUAGGUAUAUUUUGAUAUGUAACUGUAUUUAAUUUAAAAAAUUAAUCCUAUUAGGAUAGAUAUGUGACUUUGUAAAAGUAUAUACGUUAGUACAUAAUAUUGUAUUGUACUUACUACACUGAAUGGAAACAAUGCUCAAUUGCGUAUGAUGAUUCUAAUUAACAAAUUACUAAAAUGAUUUCUUUUUUUGUUGAGGCAAAAUUUUUCCAAAGUGACAGUCAAACCAGCAGCUGUAGCCAAAUGCCAUU